CGUCCAAUGGGCGGGUCCGGCUGUCAAUUGCUGGAUGACAUCACAAGAUGGCGCCGGGUGGGGAGGGGGAGGAUAGAACUGGGAGGGACCGCUGUGCGGGUGUGGUAUUUGUACCCCCCGAACAGAUGGACCAUCGGCCCCUGUUCCUCGCUGUGGACACCCUAUGUGAUGAAAACAUCAGCCACUUUGGCGGGUCUGGUUCUGAAGUGGGCUCCCGCUUGGUGCAGGCAUUCUCUCGAAUUCAAGAGCAAACCAGGGGAAUUGAACCAGCAUUACGUGCCCUAGCUGCAGUAUGUCCCCUCUUUGACUUGGACCCUUACACUCCAGCAAAUGGGUAUCGCAGCCUGAUGAAGGUGGUGCUCUCCUGUACCCAGCACAUUCUGCACAAGUGCCGAUAUGUGACAGACAACCGACGUAGCCUCUUUUUCCGCACUGCUCACAACUGUUCUGAGCUAGAGGCCUAUGGCUCUGCACUCAUACAGCUCCGUGCCCUGCUCUGCUUUGCAGAGCGCCUGCUCACAGCCAACCAGCAUGGAGAUCUUUUCUUUUGGCAGGAGCGGGGCUUAUCUGAAGAGUUCCUGAAGGAGUAUAGCACCAUGCACAAGGGCUGCUUCUAUGGCCGAUGCUUAGGGUUCCAGUUCACUCCUUCGAUUCGCCCCUUCCUUCAGACCAUCUCCAUUGGACUGGUGUCUUUCGGGGAGAAUUACAAGCGCCAUGAAUCUGGGAUCAGUGUAGCUGCCAGCUCUUUCUUUAUAAGUGGCAGAUAUGCAAUUGACCCAGAGCUUCGAGGAGCAGAAUUUGAAAGAAUCACUCAGAAUUUGGACGUGAACUUCUGGAAGACCUUCUGGAAUAUCACUGAGAUGGAGGUGCUCACGUCCAUAGUUGGCAUCGCUUCAACCAACGUGCGUAUCAACAAAUGCUUGUCUGUGCCCCCGGAACCACUGGAGAUGCCUCUAUCAUCUGAUCCCCGACUCACAGUCACUAUUAAUCCCCCUGUGGCUCACACUGGCCCUGGGCCUGUACAUAUGCGCUUAAUAUCCUACCAGCUGCGGGAAGGGCAGGAGAGCGAGGAGCUUAGUGCUUUCAUGAAACCUGAGGGCCCUUUAAGCUUGGACCUUCGUCUCCGAUCCCGUCCAGCUCCCCUCUCUCCCGAUCUCAUCAUUCAUUUCCAUGGGGGAGGUUUUGUUGCUCAGACUUCCAAGUCCCAUGAACCCUACCUAAGAACAUGGGCCCAAGAGUUGGAAGCACCGAUUCUGUCCAUUGAUUACUCCCUGGCACCCGAGGCUCCCUUCCCACGGGCACUGGAGGAAUGUUUCUAUGCAUAUUGCUGGGCACUGAAGAAUUGCCGACUUCUAGGUUCCACAGCAGAGCGUGUCUGCUUAGCAGGUGACAGUGCUGGUGGUAAUUUGUGUAUCACUGUGUCACUUCGUGCUGCCUCUGUUGGUAUCAGAAUGCCCGAUGGGAUCAUGGCUGCCUACCCUGCAACACUGCUGCAAGCAACUGCCUCACCUUCCCGCCUGUUGACCCUUAUGGACCCCCUGCUUCCUCUCAGCGUGCUGUCCAAAUGUCUGAGCGCCUAUGCAGGUACUGAGCGAGUGCCUGUUGAUGAUCGUGCUCUUGAAAAGCAGCAGAGUGCCCUCAGUCAAGUAAGAAGAGGGACCGCUUUGUUUCUGAGAGAUAUUCGCCAUGGAGCCACAUCCUGGCUGAGUUCAUUCAUGGACGGGAGAAAAGAGAAGGGGAACCUAGAUACCAUGAGAACAAGUGUUUCGGAGGCAGCCCUAAUGGAUGAGAGUGCAACUCACAUCAGGGCUUCUCUAAAGAGCAAGACCUGCCAGGAUUUAAGCAGACAUCAGUACGUUGAGCAGGAUGGGAAUCAGAACCAACAUCUAGCACAAAACAAGCACAGCUUGAAAGCCCACAAACAGAGCACAGCCAAUGGACUGCAGAACGGUUGUGGCCCUUGUGGAAACAUCCAGCGGCCACUUUCUACCUUGCCGGUGCAACCAGGUCAGGGUGGCACAGAGCAACUUUCUCCUCUCAGCCCCCAAGUGCAGGGAGGCAGCUUCUUUCUGUCAGAGACUGAAAGUGACAGUGACACAUCUGGACAAUUCUUGAAAGAGAACAUCCCUCCAUUGCACUCCAGUGAGGACAAUUCGUCCUUACUCACUACCUCGCACUCGCACGGAUUCCCGGAAGGUUUCCAGCCCCUGCGCUCUCAGAAUGGUGUUGCUAACAUGACUCUGCAAACUUCAGCCAUUGUGCACAACCCAUACAUGUCUCCUCUGCUGGCUCCUGACAGUAUGCUGCAAGGCUUACCCCCUAUUCAUAUAGUGGCCUGCGCCCUGGACCCAAUGUUAGAUGAUUCUGUCAUGUUUGCUAAGCGUCUGCGAGCGCUGAAUCGCCCAGUCACCCUGCAGGUGGUGGAAGACCUUCCUCAUGGAUUCCUUAGUUUGUCUCAGCUGUCCAGAGAGACUCGGGAAGCCACGGCCGUGUGUGUCCAAUGCAUCCGUCAGAUCCUGCACAACGAGGCACCGCCUCCUCCACCCACCGAGCCUCGAAAGCACAGGAAGCUUGAACGGACCCUGGGGAAGAACUUAGUGACGGAGAGAGAGAUUGGAGCUUAAGAACCUUGUGUUUGUUUAAUGUAGUCCAAUAAGAAAUAGAGCACUCCAGUUUAACACAUCACCUCAAUCAGUAGUCCAAGUGUUAAUUCUCCUGUACAUGUUACAAGUCACUGAGGUACUAACCGGAAGCUGCUAUGUUUUUAUUUUUCUUUAGUAUUGCAACAAGUAGGGCUGUUAUUACACCAUCGCAUAGAUAGAAUUCUCUCCAGUUGGGAUGGGAAAGCCGAAUAUAUUGCCAUUGGCAGGUGGGAUGUCAUUGGGUUACAAUUAUUGGUAAUCUCUUGAGUCACAACAGAGUAUUUUAAGCUGUUUGAGGAUUUACACAGUACAAGUCUCUUUUGUUUUGCUUGUAAUAAUAUGGGGCUGCUGAUUGGCUUACACAGACAGCAGCUUCAUGCAACUCCAUUUUGCCCACUGGUGGUGCCUCUCAUCCUGGGUCAAGUCAUAGCAUAUUAUUGUUUUUCUGCUCUAUACCUUUGCCCCCUUGUGAGUCAUUGUGCAUGAGCUUCACUGAAGAUUAAACCAAAAGGGGAAGCAUAAUCAAAAUGUCUUUUGAUUAACCAUGGGGAUCUGGCCAGGGACAGACUAGAGACAAGAGGAUAUUUCCCACCAAAGAUAGUUGUAUGCAAAACAGUUUUAUGCCACAAACCAAAAGGAGCCCUAAAAACCUACCUCAAAUUAGGUUACCUGUGUAUAUUAUACCCCCUGUAUGUAUAUAUUGUAUUUCCCUGCCCUAGGAAGGCUCAUAAAACCUCUCCGGAUUUAGUUCAUGCGUUAGUGGGGAAAACAUUUAGGGGUUUAUUUAUUAAAGGGGUUGUUCACCUUUGAGCUACCUUUAAGUAUGAUAUAGAGAGUGAAAUUCUGAGCCAAUUUGCAAUUAAUUUUCAUUUUUCAAUAUUUGCGUUUUUUGUUAUUUUGUUUUUUAUUCAGCAGCUCUCCAGUUUGCAAGUUCAGCAAUCUGGUUGCUAGGGUCUAAAUUAGCCUAGCGACAAUGAAUUAAUUUGAAUUAGAGACUUGAAGGUGAAUAGGGGAGGACCUGAAUAGAAAGAGGAGUAAGUAGCAAUAACAAUACAUUUGUAGCUUUACAGAGCAUUUGUUUAGAUGGGGUCAGUGACCCCCCAUUUGAAAGCUAGAAUGAGUUGGUCGAAAAAGGCAAAUAAUCGAAAAACUAUAAAAUAUAAAUAGUGAAAACCAACUGAAAAGGUGCUUAGAAAUGGCCAUUCUAUGAUAUACUAAAAGGUAAGUUAAAGGUGAACAACCCCUUUAAAGUCCAAAAACUCGAAAAACUUGUUUUUUGUUUUACUAUAAAAUCCGAAUUUUUAGUGCAAAAAAAAAAAAACUCGAAUUUUUCAGAGGGUGUUAAAAGUCAGAAUAAAAAAAAAAGCUCAAUAGUGGAAUAAUCCGUGGUUUUUGGGCAGAAAAUCCGAAAAAUUAGUAUGAUUCAAUUUUUCCCUUAUUGUAUUGGGGUAGUUUUUCCCUGCACAGGAAAUUUUCAGAAAAAUGUAUUGAUAAAUAAGGGGAAAAAAACCUGUGCGGAUUUGGUCGGAGUAGUUUUCAGAAAAUACUCGGAUUUUGAUAAAUAAUCCCCUUAAUGUAGUCGUCUGUGACAUCACUAGCAUGGGUCCAAUAAGGAACUGUGCCCCUCUGCCCAGAUCUCUGUUCUGAUAUGGGCCACGUGUGUAGUGGCAGGAGGUCCCACGGGUCCCUAGUUACACCACUGAUAGUUGUGUCUUUUACAAAACAAAAGGACAGUGUCCGAUUCUGCACAUACUGUUAAAGUGACCUCUCCCAAUAAAGCUGAAUGUGAGCUCUUUGGGUUGUCUCCUA